UCUCCCCCCCCCCUCUCUCCUCUUGACCAAACCCAGAAUCUAGAGAGAGAGUGUUCGAUUCGUCAUCUACAGAUAAGAACCGUUUCUCUCUCUAAACAAAGCAUAUAUCUUCAUUCCAUUCUCUCUCCUUCCCACCACUUGAAGAUUCGAUCUUUUUUUUUGGCAGUGUUCUCUGAUUGUCAAGAGAAAAAAAAAGGGCGUCUAUUCCAGCAUAAAUUUAUCCCAAAUCUCUUUUUUUGCGUGGAUGAUAUUUUUUGUUCUUCAGAAACUGUUCCCAUUCCCAUCUUGGAGAAAAAAAAGUUUGUCUUUAUUUCCAUUUUACUGAAUUUUCGUGGAAAAAGGCGAGCCCUUUUUUCUAGGUUGUAAGAAAAACACAAAACUGUGUUAAAAACGUAACCUUUGGUUUUGUUUUACGUAAAAGGUCUUUCUGUUCUUCAGAAAGUAUUUCUGUUUUAGGAAAAGUUUGUCUUUUUGUUCUUAUCUCCUCUAGUUUCUUGAAUCAUCGAAGAAAAACACAAACCAUUCAAAAUCCUUAUAGAUCUUACGGUUCUUCAGUUUCCCGAAUCAUCAAAGACGAACUUUUUCGGUGACAGAAUUUUUUGGGGGAAAACGUUGUAAGAAAGAAGCCAUUUUUUUCCCAGGAAAAUGCAGGAUCAGUCAGCAGGAUCGUAUUACCAAGCGAUGAUGCUGAAACAGCCACAGUUUCCAGAGCAAGAACAACUAAAGUGCCCUCGAUGUGAAUCGAUGAACACGAAAUUCUGCUACUACAACAACUACAAUCUCUCGCAGCCUCGCCACUUCUGCAAGAGCUGUCGGCGAUACUGGACCAAAGGUGGAGCCCUCCGCAACAUCCCCAUCGGCGGUGGCUCUCGCAAGAACACCAAACGGUCCAAAAAGACCCCCUCCGUCAAAAACCCAGAUCAGAAUUCCGGGUCUGGGUCGUCUAGGGUUCCGGGUCAGGGCCAUGAUCCGGCCGGACUGAUGUACGGUUUGCAGAUCGGAGAUCAGGACGUGAAGGGUGCGGAUUUGGGGGGGAGUUUUAGAUCUCUGUUGGCCUCGAAUAUGCAGCUCGGAGGGAUUAUUCUUGACGGGUUCGGAGAAACCGGGUCGGGUUGGGACCUGGGCUUGGGUUUGCCGCGGAGCGACUCGGUCAACGACGAGGGGAGCUGUCGGCGAUACUGGACCAAAGGUGGAGCCCUCCGCAACAUCCCCAUCGGCGGUGGCUCUCGCAAGAACACCAAACGGUCCAAAAAGACCCCCUCCGUCAAAAACCCAGAUCAGAAUUCCGGGUCUGGGUCGUCUAGGGUUCCGGGUCAGGGCCAUGAUCCGGCCGGACUGAUGUACGGUUUGCAGAUCGGAGAUCAGGACGUGAAGGGUGCGGAUUUGGGGGGGAGUUUUAGAUCUCUGUUGGCCUCGAAUAUGCAGCUCGGAGGGAUUAUUCUUGACGGGUUCGGAGAAACCGGGUCGGGUUGGGACCUGGGUUUGGGUUUGCCGCGGAGCGACUCGGUCAAAGACGACGGCGGCGGCGGCGGCUGGACUGAUCACGCAAUGAACAGAGUGGAGAAGAGUUGA